AUGACUUCGUCCGCCUGGGGAAGUGGUUCGUCCAGCCCCAUUCGCCCGGGGAGGGGAAUCAGAGGUGAGUUCCGGAUCGGGCAACACCGUCUCGCGGAGGCCCACAUGUUCGGGACGGCGUUCGGGAGGGACGGGUCGUACGGGUGCGAAGGGCCCGCCGAGAAGCGAGGAUGGAGCAAUCCCACGCUCGGCCGCUUUCGUCUUCACGCGCUCGCUCGCAUGCCAGCCUCGUACUCCUUUCACGUGCCGCUUCACGGACGGCCAUCCAUUCCGUUCGCCCCGGCGGCGGUGCCGUGGCCUCGUUACGGCGGGCGGCUGCGUCGCAGUUCUCCUUCACUUCUGGGUCGAGCCUCGUUCGAGGUCGGAGGAGGUCAGAGGAGGCAACAGGGGGGAAGGGGCCUGUCGCCACGCAUGUAA